AUGGUUGAUGCAGCCACAAGAGGAGUAUUAAUGGGUAAGACCCCUAAAGCUGCAUAUGAACUUCUGGAAGAGUUGGCAUCUAACAACUAUCAGUGGGCCUCAGAGAGAGCAAUGCCAAAGAAGGCGACCAGUAUCGUUGAGCUUGACUCUAUGUCCGCAAUUGCGGCCCAGUUGGGAAAUCAAUCCAAACAAAUAUAUUGCCAAGUGGGGAAUCCUUUCGCCCAAUCGAGUUAUGAACAAGCCCAUUACGUGUCCAAUUUCCAACGUCAAAGCAAUUCUUAUUCAAACACAUUCAAUCCCGGAUGGAGAAAUCACCCUAAUUUUUUAUGGAGCAAUAAUCAAGUGCCGAUCAGACCACCUCAACAGUUUCUACACCAAGAGAAGAAGCUGACAGUUGAAUAUAUGUUCAUGCAGUACAUGCAAAAGAAUGAUAUGGUGAACCAAAAUCAAUCAACUUCAAUCCGAAAUCUGGAGGCACAAAUCGGUCAGCUCUCAAACAUGCUUACCGAAAGGACAAUAGGGACUCUAUCGAGCAACAUUGUGACCAAUACGAAUGAGCAUGUCAAAGCCAAAACAUUGAGAAGUGGGUGGACAUAUGACCAACCAGAGAUGGUAAAUACCGAGCGAGAUGCAGAAGCUGCCAAAAAUGUGGAGUCCGAGAAGAAGAAAAUCAAGUAUGAGGUGAAAGAAACCGAUCGGGAUGCAACUGACCAGCAAGCUAAGAAAACUAAAGAGAAUAAAGGGGUUACAAAACCUAAGAAAUCUAGGGAGUUUAAUUCUGAAACUUAUUCUCCUUCAAUUUAUGAUCCAUCAAUUCUUUUUCUACAAAGAUUAAGAAAAAAUAAGAUUGAUAAUCAAUUCUCUAAAUUCCUUAGUUUGAAGGUGGUCGUCUACACCGAUCACUCAGCUCUUAAAUACUUGUUGUCGAAGAGGGAUGUCAAAGCAAGACUAUUAAGAUGGAUUCUGCUAUUACAGGAGUUUGAUUUGGAAAUAAAAGAUAAGAAAUGUACCGAGAAUAUAGUAGCCGACCACUUAUCUCGUCUUGAACUUAAAGAGACGACCAGCGAGGAUAAAUUCCCCAUUAAUGAGACCUUCCCGGACGAGAAAUUAAUAGCUAUACAAGUUGUUCUAUGGUAUGCCAAUAUGGUCGAGGUCUCUAAUAAAGAGUUCAAGCGCAUACUAGAGAAGACCGUGAGUGUCUCUCAGACCGACUGGGCGAGAAGGUUAGAUGACGCACUAUGGGCUUAUCGGACAACAUUCAAAACACCGAUUGGGAUGUUGCCUUAUCGGCUCGUUUAUGGAAAAGCUUGCCAUCUACUCGUGGAGCUAGAUCAUAGAGCCUAUUGGGCGAUGAGAACACUGAAUUUUGAUUUACAAGCGGCUGGGGAGAAGAGAAUACUGCAGAUCAACGAGAUGGAUGAGUUCUGCAAUGAUGCUUAUGAGAAUGAACAAAUAGACGAAGAGAUCUCCAAGGAGUACACAACUACACCUUCAUGGAAAAUAUUCAAUUAG